CUCCCCACGCCAUGUUCUCGGUGCUCUCCUACGGCCGGCUGGUCGCGCGGGCCGUGCUGGGCAGCCUGUCGCAGACGGACUCCCGCGACUACAGCCUGGUGACGGCCAGCUGCGGCUUCGGCAAGGACUUCCGCAAGGGCAUCCUGAAGAAGGGCGUGUGCUACGGCGACGACGCCUGCUUCGUGGCCCGGCACCGGUCGGCCGAUGUGCUGGGCGUAGCAGAUGGUGUUGGCGGCUGGCGAGACUAUGGAGUUGACCCUUCUCAGUUCUCAGGGACUCUGAUGCGCACUUGUGAACGCCUAGUGAAGGAAGGACGGUUUGUCCCGAGCAACCCGAUUGGGAUUCUCACCACAAGCUAUUGUGAGCUGCUGCAGAACAAAGUACCUUUGCUUGGGAGCAGCACUGCUUGCAUUGUAGUUUUAGACCGGACGAGUCAUCGUUUACAUACGGCAAACUUAGGGGAUUCAGGCUUUUUGGUAGUCAGAGGUGGGGAAGUAGUCCAUCGGUCUGACGAACAGCAGCACUACUUCAACACGCCGUUCCAGCUGUCCAUAGCACCCCCUGAAGCUGAAGGGGUCGUCUUCAGUGACAGCCCAGAUGCUGCCGACAGUACAACAUUUGACGUCCAGCUAGGAGACAUCAUCCUGACGGCCACGGAUGGGCUUUUCGACAACAUGCCUGACUAUAUGAUCCUCCAGGAGCUGAAGAAGCUGAAGAACUCGAAUUAUGAGAGCAUACAACAGACAGCGAGAAGCAUUGCUGAGCAAGCUCAUGAACUGGCAUAUGAUCCAAAUUACAUGUCUCCCUUUGCACAGUUUGCAUGUGACAAUGGACUGAAUGUAAGAGGUGGAAAACCAGAUGACAUCACUGUCCUCCUUUCUAUAGUAGCCGAGUACACAGACUGACAGGCUGAAAUUGUUGGGUUUCUACUGACAUGCGCUAUUCCAGAGUUCCCGGCUUCACACAUACUGUUUCCUGCUGGCAGGACGUCUGUCUUUGCAGCUGAUCUCAGUGGCUAUUGUGUGUUACGUCCAUUGCCUGUAUUAAGGUUCAGUCGGAGUCUCCGUCGAGAGCCACUACUGAGGUACAUCUGCCAGCAAGAAAUGAAGAAUUUCAAUACUUGAAGCUUGUCUUUUAAAAAA